ACUGAACUAAGUCAGUGUAAACAUUGACGAGAUCUUUUUCCGGCUUAACAAGCGUUCAGACGUUGCACGGUUUUGCUGCAUUUGGAAGCAAUAUUACAUUUUUCUCUGAAGUAAAUUUAACUACAUCCACCAUGCCUGGAGGUUUCUACUGGAGUCGCAACAUGAUGGGCCAGAAGUUGACAGAUGAGCAGAUGCGGGAAAUACCUCAUGCAAAUGUGGAACUUUUUGGCCAUGUCACCAUUAAAACAGUCCAGGCAGGUGCUUUUCUUGGCACUCUUCUCACAGGACCUCUCACACAGGCCAUCCGUGGUCCACGUACCCUGAACGCUAUCAUGGAGACUGCUGCUCGCCAUGGUAGAAAUGGAGCGAUAAUUGGACUCGUCCUGGGCCCUGCUAUGACCUUCAUGAAAUGCAACAGCAUGAAUUGGGACGAGGAAGGAAUAUAUGACAGAUGUUACCGCCUUCGUUACAACCGCAACCAAGUGCGUGUGGAUCGCGCAAGUGCCCUGGGUGCGACUGCAGGGUACCUUGUUGCAUUACAGAUAGGUGUGUCGGGGGCAACUGGGUUUGUGUUUGGGAUGACAGGGGGCGUGGUCUUAUCUGCAGUCUACAAUUCCAUGUUUUGUGAAAAACAUGUCUAACUUCCUUUUAAUGGAGAUCAUCCAGACUUUCGGCACUUUGUGACGAGACUUGAGAAUCCACAUGAGAAAGGGCUUACUUUUUAAUUAGCAAUAAGAGUGAAACUAUGUCAUUGUGCACUAGGAAUGUCUUCUUAAUUAGACAUUAGUACAAAAGAUAAAUUUGUGCUGAUGUGCAAUAGACUGUAAUUUCACACAACUUUGGAAAAACAUCCAUGGAUAAAAUCUGUUGGCUUAAAUUCAUUGUCACUCUGCAUUUACUUGUCUGCCAUUAAUUAUUUCUGAUAUUGCUUCCCAUUCCUGCCAAAUCUCGUUGGAUUUUAUGCUAAGGUGUAAGACUUUGAGCCAUCUCCCAUGGUCCUCAUUGUUAUGUUCUUUAUGUAUGCUGAAGCUUUAUUAACAAAACAUUGCAGAUGCUAUAGACAUUAUGUUACCCAUUAGUUACUGGUACUAUGUGGAUAAUAUACAGUGUAUGUUGUUUUCCUGUUGUGAUGCCAGAGAAAAAAGGCUGAAUGAAGAUAUCAAUACGACAUUUUUAGUUUUUAGGUAUACAUAAAUGCUUCGCAAAAUUUGCUGGAAAAUGCAUAGUCUGAAUAGUAUUUUAUUGCAAUAUUUAAUUAAAACUUUUUACUUGCAAUAUCAAAAACCAGCAGUCAUCCCUUUGUUCUCCCCUAGGACCCCUGGAUCCUAAAGGGUUCUUCCCGCCCUUACCACUGGUGACCUAAAUCUUACUGUACACAUACCUAAGUUGCCAUAAUGUAUACAAGGUAGUAAAGGGUAGGUCAAAUCCCAUGAGAUGUAAGCAUAAAAAUAUAGGUGAGAUGCAGGCCAUUAGUGGACUACAAUGUUUACCAUCAAGCUCUGCAAAUGGGUGAUAUGUAUUAGAGGAUUAACUUUGAGAUGCAGAGUCAGAUAUGGGUCACUUCUUUAUCUUGGAAUAUUUUAAGCAAUACAGGGUAAAUGCUUGUUCUUCAUUAAAAAAUGAUUUGAGUGUACUUUGUCUAAUUUUAUUCACAGAGUCAAUAUUAUCUUUAUUGUUAGUUGUUAAAUCAAACUUCAAUUCUUGUAGAUGGGGAACAACUUAAUGAAACCGUCUGUGAAAAUAUAGAGCUUGGCAAACUAUUUUUUAUAUACAAGGAUUGUAGUGCAUAAUAUGACAUAUUUCAAAAGCUUUGUGUUCUGGUAACCCUUUGCUAUAGAAUUGAAGUUGCUUAUUAUGUACAAGAUGGAGUAAGUAGGACAAAUAUUCCUUUCGUGUGUGACUGACGGAAUAUAACAGUAUUGAAUUUCAGACAUGAACUUUUCACUUGCAAAGGUAUCAAUUGACAUAUUGGAUGGAAAUAUUUACACGGAAUAUACUUAUUUUUGCAGUUAGAUGUGUAGGUUUUCUUUUUCAUUUUUCUUUUCAUGCUUUCUGAAAGUGUGUCACUGUCACUGUCUACUACAUGUAUAGUAUACCAAUACUAUAGGAUGGAAAAUUAAAGAUUCCAGGGGUAUUGUGAUUUUGAGAUAACUUUAUAAAAUUUGUGAUAACUGGCUUUAGCUUUUUGAUUUAAUAUUUUGUAGUAUGUUUUAAAAUUGUUAAAAUGUAUUAAUCAAUAUUAGUUUAUUAGACUCUAAUGGUAAACUGUUACAUUUUCAUCCCUCGAUUUACAUUAUAUUUGUAAUAAAGGAACCCAUGCUACAAUGU